AAGUGAUGACAUCCAGUUCCCAACAUGGAGGGAUGUUUCCCUUGGUUUGCCGUAUAGAUGUCUAGGAAGUUUCUUUGUACAGCAUAUCUGUGUCUUGUCUCAGCGCGCACGGAGUAAUCAGGCAGUGAAAAGGCUGCGUUCAGGCUCACAUCAUGAGCAACAUCUACAUCCAGGAACCGCCUACAAACGGCAAGGUUUUACUGAAGACCACAGCUGGCGAUAUUGACAUUGAACUAUGGUCAAAAGAAGCCCCCAAAGCAUGUCGGAACUUUAUCCAGCUCUGUUUGGAAGGUUAUUAUGACAAUACUAUAUUUCACAGGGUUGUCCCUGAAUUUAUAGUCCAAGGAGGAGAUCCAACUGGUACCGGAUCAGGAGGAGAGUCCAUCUAUGGUGCCCCUUUCAAGGAUGAAUUCCACUCACGAUUGCGCUUUAAUCGGCGUGGACUGGUCGCCAUGGCAAACGCUGGGCCUCAUGAUAAUGGCAGCCAGUUCUUUUUUACCUUGGGUCGUGCAGAUGAACUUAACAACAAGCACACCAUCUUUGGAAAGAUCACUGGAGAUACUAUAUACAACAUGUUACGACUUUCAGAGGUUGAAACGGAUAUAAAUGAAAGACCAGUCAAUCCGCAUAAAGUCAGGAGUACAGAGGUUUUAUUUAAUCCUUUUGAGGACAUAAUUCCGAGAACUAGUAAAAAGCUGAAGAAUGAGAAACCAGUAGAAGAAGAAAAGAAGGCAAAAUCCAAGGGCACAAAAAAUUUUAAAUUGCUAUCAUUUGGAGAAGAAGCUGAAGAGGAAGAAGUAGAAGUCAACCGAGUUAGUCAGAGCAUGAAAGGAAAAAGCAAAAGCAGUCAUGACUUAUUGAAAGAUGAUCCACAACUGAGUUCUGUUCCUGCCAUUGAAAGUGACAUGGCAAAUGAAAGCAAUAAUUCAGAUGAGGAGAAAGAAGAUGGAUACGACGAUGAAGAUGAUAUUGAUAGUGAUGAAAAGCAUCAGAUGAAGGAACGCAUUAUGCAGAAGCUAAAGAAAGAUAGCAGUCUAAUGGUUAAAAAAACAGUUAAAGGGGAGGAAGCAGAGAAGAAAAGUAGUCGCAGCGAGGAGCUACGGAAAGAAGCACGCCAGUUAAAACGUGAACUACAAGCAGCAAAGCAAAAGAAACAAGAAGAUGCUGCCAAAGCAAAGGAGAAUGAUGUUGAAGAGGAGGAAGCUGCCCCAAACAGCAUUGUUGCAGAAUAUUUGGAGGAGAAAAAGAAGUAUGAACAAUUAAGAAAGCAACAGCCAAAGAAAGGGUCUUCUCGUGAAGAUCAGACGUUAGCCUUGCUGGACAGAUUCAAAUCGAAGCUAAACCAGGCAAUAGCAGAGACGCCUGAAAAUGAAGCAUCUGAACCUGAAGUUGAGGAUGAUGAAGGAUGGAUGUCACAUGUGCUCCAUUUCGAAGACAGAACCAGAAAAGUAAAAGAUGCAAGCGUGCAAGAUGAAGACACUUUCGAAAUCUAUGACCCACGGAAUCCUGUCAAUAAGCGAAGACGAGAGGAAAGCAAAAAAAUUCUGAGAGACAAAAAGGCAAGGAGAUGAAAUGAGUGUAAAACUAGCCAGAGCCAACUUGGAAAAUGGACAAAUGUUCUGGCUCUGUUGUAGCUGGCUUCCCGAAAUAUAUCACUUACAAGGUGUGAAAAGGAAUCUGGUGUCUAGUUUUGGAACAGCUUUAUCUCCUUUGUUUUGUGAAUUCUGCUGUACAGUAAGCUUGUGUCCCCAAGCAAAGCUUUCUAAAAUCAUUUUAGCUAUUUUUUAAAAAGAAUAAAUAGUUCAUUUUCCUUCUCA